UUACAAUUCAUGUAGUGUGAACUCUGUGAAAUGCAUGUCAUGCUGCUCUCUUGCCUUGCCUUGGUCUUGCUUAUGCCCGGUCCAGGUUUUACGGCGCCCACAUUUAUUCCGGAGGCAGAGUGCUCUCCUUCCACAGAACCACAGGGUGACUUGAAGCUGGCCACAGAAUACCUUCAGCAGUACUACAACCUUAAAGCAGAGCCUCUGGGGCGCAUGAAACGGAGCGGAUCAUCCUUUACCUCCAAGGUGAAAGACAUGCAAAUAUUCUUUGGACUCAAUGUAUCAGGUGUGCUGGACACAGAAACUCUGGAGGUGAUGAAUAGCCCCCGCUGUGGUGUUCCAGAUGUGGAUGAGUACAGUCACAUCCAGGGGACACGAUGGAACAAGAAUGUUAUCACCUACAGCAUUGGAAGAUACACCAGAGAUUUACCUCGCAGCACUGUGGACUCUCUGAUUGAGUCAGCUUUCAGCGUGUGGGCCAGAGCCAGCAGUCUGACAUUUGUUAAGUCGCGAACCCACAACGCUGACAUCAUGGUGGAGUUUGUUACCUAUGGACAUGGUGACUUUUAUCCAUUCGAUGGACCCCGAGGCACAUUGGCUCAUGCUUUUGGCCCAGGUUUGGGCAUUGGAGGGGACACGCACUUUGAUGACGAUGAGCACUGGACAGCAGGAGAAACAGGUUUUAAUCUAUUCGUGGUCGCUGCACAUGAAUUUGGCCAUGCUUUGGGCCUGAAACACUCCAGAAACCCAGACUCACUGAUGUAUCCCACCUAUAAAUCUUCCCGCUCAGGAAACUUAUUAUCCAGGGAGGAUGUAGCAAAUAUCAACGCACUUUACAGUCCGGUCAGAGGUCGCACAAAUUUCUAUUCAAGGUACGGCUUGAACUCUUAUAACCCCUGGCUGUCGGGGUCAGUAUUCCCUCAGCUCAUGCAGGAUAAAUGCGCCCCUGAUGUGACCUUCGAUGCAGUGUCCACAGUUGGGGACGCCACCUUCUUUUUCAAAGAACGAUAUCUCUGGAUAAAACAUAAUGCACAGAAUGGCAUCAAAGAAGGUCCCAUCUCCAACUUCAUGCCAAAGAUAGAAACCAGCAUCGAUGCAGCCUUUUGGGUACCGCGUAGAAACUCUGCCUACCUUAUUCAUGAGUCCAUGUUCUGGACGGUGAAAGGUUCCCUUGUGAGGGGAAAGCCCAGACCGCUGUCCCACUUUGGUUUUCCAGCCUGGGUCCAAGAUGUAGAUGCAGCAGUGCACAUUGUGAAAACAGGACGCACACUGUUCUUUAUGCACGAUAUCUACUGGAGUUACAAUGAAAACAGAAGGGUGAUGGACUUUGGUUAUCCCAAGUACAUCAGUGAAGACUUCCCUGGACUGAACGCAACAACAACAAUAAAUGCAGCAUUUCAUAAAGAGGGUUUCAUCUACUUCUUUGUUGGUCCACAAGUCUAUAAAUAUGACUACGCCCAGAAACAAACUGUUGGAGUUGAGAAAGCAAAUUCCUGGCUUGGAUGUUAAAAUGUUGUAAUUCCAUGAAC